GUCGACCGGUGAAGGGAGCGGAUCGUUGUCCGACUCGUUGCGCGGCGAGCAAAUCGCGGGUAAAAUGCCGUCGAGUUGAUAGUUCACUCGGUCCAAUACUCAAAUUCGAGACUAUAGUCCAGUGAACCAGGACGAGCAAAGGACUUGGAGAAUGCUGAGGACACAACGACUCUUCAACAGCAUCGCGAUUCAUUCCUCGUGGAGUCUGGAGAACAAGCAUCUGAAGAGUGCAUAUAAGGAAGUGUCAAAUAACUGAGUCAAUCCAGAAAUUAUUGUGUAAAAAAAACUAGUGAAAGCGGUUGAAUAAGCGUCUCUGAUAUCGACUCGACAUUUUCGUCCGAUCGAAAGAAAGAUCUCUCUUGAGAAGUUCCUUCGAGAGUGGUGCGCGAGUGCAAUCUUCUCCUAGAGAAGAGCCUUCCUUAGCAAGAUCCCGCGGAUGUUCGCGUAUCGAGUUGGUUCCUGGUUAGCUGAAUCGUCGAUGUGAUCGCGUCGUUUUGUCGAUCCCGUGGAGAGAAUGAUAUUGGUGUACGGGAUCAUCCUGCCCCUCGUGGGAAGCGUCACGUUCGCCCUAGGACUAAAGUGCGGCCAUCCGGCUGUGCCGAUGAACGCCAAAGUAUCGUUGUCUGACGAAUCUUUAACGGUCGGCACCAUUGCGAAGUACACCUGCGAUACUGGCUACGAGUUGUUUGGAACCGGUAGUUUGACGUGCAAUGCCCGAGGAAAAUGGCAGGGUGAUCUACCGUUUUGCGGUACAAAUGUGGGUUUUCGCAAACCGGCAAAUCAAUCGACAACCGUAAGGGGCGGAAACGCAAAUCACGGUAAUGACGGUGACUUCAGUACGGAACAUGACGGGAAAAGAUGCACGGAAACUCAAAGUGAGCCCAGUCCCUGGUGGAGGGUCGACCUUCUCAAGCCGUAUUCCGUCAAGGUUGUCCGGGUGACGACGCGAGGCUGUUGUGGUCAUCAACCUCUUCAGGAUAUUGAGAUAAGAGUGGGUAACAGCAGUGCUGAAUUGCAACGCAAUCCUUUGUGCGCCUGGUUUCCCGGUACUAUUGAGGAGGGUAUCACGAAAACCUUCGUUUGUGCCAGAGCUCUAGUGGGCCAAUACGUUUUUCUACAACUUGUUGGUGUCGAGGGUAGUUUAAGCCUAUGCGAGGUGGAAGUUUUUGCCACGGAUGAAUUCUCGAUAGAUAGGUGUGCACAUGCCGGUACGCCCGCUGAAGCCGACUUAACCGCCUUCAAUUCCACGUGUUAUGAAUUCAUAGUAAAGAAGGGUGGUUCUUUCCAAGAGGCGAGAAAUUAUUGCAAGAACCGCGGAGGUGAUCUCGUUCAUGGUUUUCAGGGCGUAUCAUCUAUAUUUAUCCUGAAUAAUUUAGAAAGGCGAAAGGAUAAAUUGAAGACCCAGCUGGUCUGGAUCGGAGCCCAGAAGGAACCGCAGAUCACGGCUCGAACGUGGCGAUGGGUUGACGGCGAGAUUGUGCAGAAGCCAUCCUGGGGCAAAGACCAGCCGAAUAAUUACAACGGCGAACAAAAUUGUGUCGUGCUGGACGGAGGUCGCGGCUGGCUCUGGAAUGAUGUCGGUUGCAACCUCGAUUAUCUACACUGGAUCUGCCAGAGCAGACCGCCGAUCUGUGGCAGUCCCGAAAAAUCGGAGAAUACUACGAUUGUGGGAUCCAAGAGAACGAUAGGCUCCACGAUAGAAUAUGUUUGCCCGGACGGUUAUAUGUUGGUUGGAUCGAAGUCCAGAAUAUGCGGACCGAGCGGUUUUUGGAGCGGCGACGUGCCCACGUGUAAAUUUGUCGACUGCGGCGUUCUACCGGAUUUGGAGAACGGUGCUGUCACUUUACUCAAGGACAGAACCACGCACGGUGCUCUCGCGGAGUACACGUGUAAAGAAAAUUACACGCUAGUGGGUGACACAAGACGAAGAUGCGGAGACGGUGGUAUCUGGAGCGGACACCAGCCCCAAUGUCUAUUUGACUGGUGUCCCGAGCCACCGGAAGUGAAUGGCGGCGUUGUGACAACUAACGGAAAAAGAGUGGGCUCUAUUGCUACUUACUCCUGCCAAAAUGGAUUUAUUUUGUUUGGUGAUAAUGUUCUCACAUGCAAUAUCGGGGGCGAAUGGUCCGGCAAGACGCCGCAGUGCCGAUUUGUCGAUUGCGGGGCUCCGGCUCAGAUUGAGUUCGGAACAGUCGUCUUAACUAACGGCACGACUACAGUGAACAGUUUAAUCGUCUACACGUGUCGACAGGAUUACUGGUUGAUAGGCGAAGGAAAACAAGAAUGCACCAAAGAGGGCAAGUGGAGUCAGGAUACGCCAUCGUGCGAAUUAAUUACGUGCGAGGAACCGGAAGUACCGAGAGGAGGAUACGUGGUGGCCUAUGAUCUUAAUCAUAGUGUUCAUAGUGUUAUCGAAUAUCACUGCGACUUGGGUUAUUUACUUCACGGUGAGGCCAAGCAUUCAUGCGGCAAAGAUGGAGAAUGGACGGAAGAAGUUCCGAGUUGCGAGUAUAUCGAUUGCGGCAAGGUUCUUCCGGUUUUGAAUGGUGCUGUGGAUUAUGCGAACGGAACGACUCAUCUGGGCAGUGAAAUUACAUACAGUUGCACGAGGAAUUACAGAUUAAAUGGAGUUUCAAGAAGAUAUUGCCUGGACAACGGUCAAUGGAGUGACGCUACUCCGAAAUGCGAAGAGAUUCGUUGUACGGAGCCUGUACUAGCGGAACACGGAAUUCUUUCGGUGACCGGAAACGAUCGAAUGUACGGAAGGACACUGAUUCGCACAGGAACCGCGGAAAAUUCAAACACGGGUGCGACUUCAUAUAAGAUCGGGGCCUUAGCAAAGUAUAGGUGCGAGAGAGGAUACAAAGUGGUCGGAGAACCUCUGUCUACCUGCGAGGAGAAUGGAAAGUGGAGCGGCGAAGUACCGCAAUGCGUCUAUGUUGACUGUGGUAAACCCGAACACAUUCAACACGGACAUUACACGUUGACGUCGAAUGCAACGUACUAUGGUGCAGCUGCACUUUACGAAUGCGACGGUAAUUUCGAGUUAGAUGGCUUUGCCAGAAGAUUGUGCCUUGAAAACGGUACCUGGAGCAGCGAUACUCCUGUCUGUCGAGAAAUUCGAUGCAAAGAUCCUGAGAAAACCGGUGUACUAUCGACGCAAGUAUCAACUCACAGUGUAGGUGGAGUGGCUCAUUAUAGCUGCCCACGUGGAUUUUACAUGGAAGGAAAUGAAACUAGGAUUUGUUUACAAAAUGGAUCUUGGAGCGGCACAACGCCCGCUUGUUUCUCUGUAGAUUGCAAGCAUCCGGGAUCGAUAGAGAACGGUCGAGUGAUAAUAGUGAAUGGAUCGACGACUUACGGAGGAGCCGCGGAGUAUCACUGUUUACCGCAGUAUGAAAGAGUCGGCAUAUUCCUGAGAAAGUGUAUGGACACAGGAUUUUGGAACGGCGAGGAACCAAAAUGCGAAUUGGCUGCGAACGAAGUGGCAGAGCCUCAAGGUGUUGGGACGAGCGUCGGUAUCGGAGCUGGCGUGAUUAUAUUUAUAUUAAUUAUUCUCGGACUAGUCUACCUUAGGCUGCGAAAAGCUACGCCGGUGAAAAAUACCGAGAAUGUUCAGGCAGCGGAAAGAAAGGAGGAUCAAAAUGCUGCCGUUAUGUCUUACGCAACAUUGAACGACGGCACGCCUAAUACUAUGUAUGAAAAUGUCCCCGAAGAUGGUCUCUAUGAUAAUCCAUACAGUUUAAGUGGUAGUGCAUAUAGGUACAACGGACAGCCGAGAAGAACGUACGGCAGAUCUGGACAUUACGAGGCUGAACCGGUUCCUAACAGAAACGGAAUAACUAUCAACGGCGUAUCUGUGCGAUAGUUCGAAAUUCCAUCGGCCCUCUUUGUCUUCAUCGAGAAUCGCGCGCAAUUUUCGCCGUUCGCAAGACGAUACCCCGGGAAAAAUUUUUUAUAUAUAAUAAUAUAAAAUUAUGCAUAU